CCAGGUUCCACGCGGCUCCACAGGCCAGCGUCACGGCAACCACGCGCUCGCGCCCGCUAUAAAUUGGAGCCCUCAUCCCAGCAGCCAGGCAGCGAAACGCCUCGGUCGCUGCUGAUCGGAGAUGAGGCAGCUGAUCCGGCGGCUCUCCCGCGUCGGCGACUGCGCGUCGGCGUCGGCGUCGUCCCCGCGGCGCGGCGGCUGGAGGAAGGCGCGCGCGGGGACGACGCCGGAGGGGCACGUGCCGGUGUACGUCGGGGCCGAGGAGGCGGCCGUGGAGCGGUUCGUGGUGCGCGCGGAGCUGCUGGGCGCGCCGGCGCUGGCGGAGCUGCUCGGCCGCGCCGCGCAGGAGUACGGGUACCGCCACCAGGGGCCGAUCCGCAUCCCCUGCCCCGUCGCCGUCUUCCGCCGCGCGCUCGCCUUGGUUGACGGCGACGACGACGAGGAGGAGGUGGAGGACGAUGGCGCGCGUAGCUAGAGCUCUAGUCCCCCGGGCGCCGGCUAGCUGCUAGAUGCUGGACGGGCUCGUGGGCCUGGGCCUGGGCCUAGGAGGUGUAGCUAAAUAGCCCGGAAUUUUGAGAAACGGGCUUAAUUUCUAAGGUCUUGUCUCUUUUUUUUUUUCCUUUCAUGUUAAUUACUACUACCUUGGCUCCCUCUUUGAUGUUAUAGUGAUAAGCUGAGAGGGGUAAGGGGUGGAGCAUGCAUGAGCAUGAACUAGCUACUCUCAUGCUAGCUAGCUGCCUAGCUUCAACUGCUUUUAAUUUGUGUAAUGAAAUAUAUACACACACUACUAUGAAGGAUUAAGUUGACUCA